UAAUCGCUCGUGUUGUGUUUCAUGUAACCGGCUACUGCCUACUGGACACUGGCUGUGUUACUAAACAAUUGAUGACGGCUCAUACACGACACAUCUACAAAUAUGCAUUGUAAAUAUAAACCGGCUGGCAGUUUGUUUAUGCGAAUGCUGUUGAAUGGUUUGAGUAAAAAAGAUUCGUUGAAAACUUAGUUAGCUGAAAAAUUAGCAGUUUUGCGCUAUGUGAAGAUUCGUUUGUGAUUUUCGUAAACAGUUUCGAUUUGAGCGCGUACAUAGAAAGAAGCUAGCAUUCGACAAGCUUAUCGGCAUAUCGCGUCAUCAAGACAACAAGUGAAGAAGUGACAAAAUUUAAAAUUACAUAAAUCAUAGAAUAAAUAAUUCGUGUACGAGUGAUGGUGUGAAUUAGAAAAUUAAAGAAAGAAAAAAUUGUAGUGGAGCUGCAGCAUUUUUCAACCCUCAAAUAAGUUCACAAAAAUUUCGAAAUUGCUAUAAGAUGAGAACUUCUAUAGCUCUAUUGGCAUUUGCUUUUGCCAUACUGCCAGCGGUUUACUCACAAGGCCAGUAUAACUGCGUCACACCGGAAAACUACUACGGUUUUUGCGUGCAACUACAAUAUUGUCCACAAAUAGCUAAUGUAUUCAACGUACGCAAUCGCAAUCAAGCCGAACGCUAUGUUAUAGCAUCCCAGCGCUCGUGUGGCACACGUAGUAUUAACGGCAAUCCAGUGGUUUGCUGCUCGCGGCCAGUUAAUCCAGCGCCGCAGCCGCAGCCGCAGCCACAGCCGCGGCCACAACUACAACCGCAGCCACAACCACAACCGCAGCCACAACCACAACCGCAGCCGCAACCACAACCGCAGCCACAACCACAGCCUAUUACGCAACGACCCACAAAUCCCUUCCUACCCCCCGUACCUUCAACUACUUCGGCACCAGUUAUAAUACAACCGAGACCACCAACCAAUCAACCACUUCAGAUCUCAACUUCUCGUCCCACAGCAACAACGAGUACAACAGAGGCGCCAAGAGAAGUUGUAGAUCGUGCAUCUGGACAGGAAUGUGUUGAUCCAAGAUUACGACGCGGUGUUUGUACUGCCAUCUCCAGUUGUCCACAAUUGAUUACAGAACUCUAUGCGAAAUCGAAUGAUCCUGAAUUUGCUGAUUAUUUACGUGCCUCAAAUCGCAAUUGUGGCGGUGCUGGUUCUGUUGUUUGCUGUCCGACAACAGACAAAGCCGUCACAAAUGCGCCAGUGAUAAUACACAAUUCUGACGAGGUGCCAACACGUCCACUAACUUUGGAGGAGGGUUGCGGUCAUACAUCGAAUUCUUAUAAGAAAAUUGUUGGCGGAGAAGUGAGUAAGAAGGGUGCAUGGCCAUGGGCAGCACUGCUAGCCUAUCCAGAUGGUUCUUCAGCUUCACCAUUCAAAUGUGGCGGCACACUGGUGACAGCACGACAUGUGAUUACCGCGGCACAUUGCAUACGGAAUGAUCUCGCCUAUGUACGUUUGGGUGAACACGAUUUGAGUACUGAUACGGAGACGCGACAUGAGGAUAUAAAUAUUGUGCGGAAAGAAGCACACCCACAGUACAACAAACGUAAUGGCAAGUCGGAUGUGGCUUUACUUUGGCUCGAACGCAACGUACAGUUCCGCGACACCAUUUCACCAAUCUGUCUCCCCACUACACAAUCGCUUCGCACAAAAUCCUACGUAAAUUAUACACCUUUCGUUGUGGGCUGGGGCAAAACCAUGGAGGGUGGUAUUUCGGCGACGGUCUUGCAGGAGUUGCAAAUACCGAUUUUCAAAAAUGAUGUCUGCGAAAAUAGCUACCGUCGCAUCAAUCGCCUAGUCUCGCAGGAUCAAUUCGAUUCAGGUGUACUAUGCGCAGGCGUGCUCUCUGGCGGCAAAGAUACAUGCCAAGGUGACUCUGGUGGGCCAUUGAUGAUACCAGAGUCGUAUAAAGGUGACUUCCGCUACUAUUUGAUCGGUGUAGUCUCGUAUGGUGUGGGUUGUGCGCGACCAGAAGUGCCUGGUGUAUACUCGAGUGUGCAAUACUAUGUCGAUUGGAUAUUGGAGAAGAUUGCUGAUACAACAUGAGAUUUGAAUUAUUAUUUUUUUUUUAAUAUUUAUUUAAGUUAUUAUAUUUUUGGUUUUAAUUUCGAAAUGCCUAAAUAUGCUAAUGGUUUUUAAAUGAGUAAGAAGUCAUACUUUAAUUCUUUUUUUA